CAAGGAAAUACGACAUUUGUCCUAACCAUUCCAAAACUCUCAACCGCUUGGACUACCUGCCACCCUCACCUCUUUGUCUUUCCAUUUCUAUCUUCAUCCUUUGAAAGGGAGAGACAAUCAUGCUCGAAUGAUUCUCGUUGGAGCCUCAGAGAGAAAAACAAACACAUGGCUUCUGCUUCAAGAGUUGGGAGUAGCAGCUACGAUUACUCCUUUAAGGUUUUGUUGAUCGGUGAUUCUGGCGUUGGCAAGAGUAGUCUUCUCCUCACCUUCAUCAACAAUUCUAACUCCAUCCAUCAUCUCUCCCCCACCAUUGGUGUGGAUUUCAAGAUAAAACUUUUUACAGUUGGUGGCAAAAGAUUGAAGCUUACUAUUUGGGACACAGCUGGACAAGAGAGGUUUGGAACAGUAAUAAGUUCUUAUUACAGAGGCGCACAUGGAAUCGUUCUUGUCUAUGAUGUGACACGACGUGAGACAUUUACAAACCUCAUCGAUAUAUGGGCAAAAGAAGUUGAGCUUUAUUCCACUAAUCAUGAUAGCAUCAAAAUUCUUGUUGGCAAUAAGGUGGAUAAGGAGAGUGAAAGAGCCGUAAGCAAAGAAGAGGGUAUGGCUCUUGCACAGGAGCAUAGAUGCUUGUUCCUAGAGUGUAGUGCUAAAACUAGAGAAAAUGUUCAGCAAUGCUUUAAUGAUCUCACAUUAAAGAUGUUAGAUGUGGCAAGUUUAAGGGAAAAGGGAUCUGUCGCAGUGAAAAGACAAAAGCAAAAACACAUAUAUGAGACAUCUCGAAGUGGUGGUUGCUGUUCUUAAUAAAUAUGGUGCAACAUGAACGUGCAAUAGAUUUUGCAAUAGGGAUACUAUAGUUAUUAGCAGGUCUUUGUAUCAUAUCAAGUGUCACAAUCAGAUAGUUUGGAGGAUCAUAUGCUCCAGUAUUUUUUCCAUAACUUCCACAAGAGGAUGCUUGAGAUGGAUAUUGCUCUCAUUAUCUUUUGGAGCCCCAGUAUAGCAAAUUUUAUGGUAGCCAAGAUGAUCACAAAAGGUUUUCAAUAUGUUAUGCUUUUUUCUUCUGUUAUAGUUUUGAAAACACAACACCUAUGGUAUUGUACAUCAUGUGUAAAUAUAUCCUCUAUGAAUGUAUUAGGGUUGGUUUGAGAUUUGGUUAGGUUAGGAUAUACAGCAAAAUUACGUGUACUAUUUUGGGUUUGGUCUUUUUCCACCCAGAUAACCUUUGAUGAGAAAAUAUUUUGUAUUCAUGUCAUA